CACCAUGGGAGACUGCCCAUUCAAGGCAAUUUUGCCACGCAGUGGACUUUGAAGAUACUGAACGACCGAUAUUGGGCUCCUCCCAAGGCAAGCCAAGCCCCAUGCUCGAGAGUCCCUGAUGGCUGAACAGAGUCAUGAUACAACCCCAUCACGAUGGAGUUGACGCCCAUCAGAAUUCCUGGCAAGCGCCGGCGCAAGGGAGAGCCUCCUGUCGUCUUCCAUGUCCCUCCGCGCAAGGACAAACAUACGGCCAAAAGGAGGAAGAAACCAAAGGUCCCAAAACUGAAAGCUUCUUACCUCGAGAAAAAGCUUCCCCUUGAAAUAAUGGAACGCAUUCUAUGGAUGAGUGAAAACGUCAACUUUGCCAAAUCCGGAGCACGUGUGGGCUAUCUCCUUUCUGGAGAAUCCACGAGGAAAGAAACCUUCGUCCAAGCCUUCGGUCCGACCUGGGAUGUCUGGUUCGGCUGCGUCAAGAAUGGCGAUAGCACGGUUGUGAGUUACCAUGACUGGCAAAACGAUUCGGCUCGCUCGGGAGGCAGUCCUGAUUUCCAGUCACAGUCGGCACUGUUGCAAUACUCGUGGGUGGACAUCAACUUCAUCCUAGACUGUUUGGAUUCCUGGGUAUACAGGUUUGCUAGAAACAGAUUUUUUCAGCACCAAAAGCUCUGGGGUGAUCCGGAUUCGCAACACCAAUUGGACGAUGACUCGGGCGACUAUGGCAAUUUCAAAUCGGCGAGGCAGUAUUUUCUUCAUGACUAUGAUGCUUUCUGCUCGAACUUGGAUGAUGACCUCCCACCACCCGAUUUGCAACCCAGCUGGAUGGAGGUUCACCACGAGACACAAAUCCCAGACAGCCUCCUGACAGGUCCCUGGGACGAAGACGCGAUGCAAAAAUUAUUUUGGCUUGUUCGAGCUGGUGCCCGCUUGUCAGCUGACCAGACAUGGGAGACUACCCUCGAAGGUUUCCACAACGCCAUGGCAAAUGACGCGGAACUCAAGGUCGGAAAUGUCAACUUACCUGUCCUACGACUUCUGUUUAUCUUGGCGGGUAACCACUGGCCGGAUUACAUCGCAAAUUGUGAGCUUGAGAAGCUACAGGCCAUAGAACAGAUGUUGCGAGACGCUGGUCGCAGAGAUGCGUAUCGCAAAUACGCUCUUGUAGCAUCCAUGUUGCUACAGAGAUAUUCGACCUCAAGUUCAGGCACCUAAGCCUGUAUCAGACGUUCUGUAUCAGCAUCCAACUCCUAUCCCGACUCUGAAUCUAUGUCUGAUUCCUACGGCACCUUUUUGCGGCGAUACCAUUGAAUAUGUUGGUAUUUCCUGUGAGAUGCUAGCCAUAUGUUAUGACUGGAAUUUAGCACAAGAGUGUUCGGUAUUCUCGACGCUGACAACCAGUCCCAUAGGAUCUGCAGUCGUCCUACUAAGAGCGCGGCGGUUCAUUCUUGAAAUAUCAGAUGUUCAACCUUAUCUGCCUUUUAGGACCGGGUCGUCUCGCGUUCUGUGUAGUCCUGUGGUAAUACCGAGUGAAUUCGCAA